AUGCCAAGCGCCCACACCUUGCGCGCUUCGCAUGCCGCAAAGGUUCGAGCCGUUCAGGUUCACUUCUGCGUCCAUUACUCGAGAAAAGGUUUACUGGCGAGAACACACCAGAUGAAUCACCAUGCGCUUGUCCUGACAUUGCAUCUACCAGGGCCACCCUUGAUCAAUACCCCCCAAACUUGGAAGAAUCCAAGCAUUGCAAAACUGCUGAUCCUACUGAGUACCUUGCAAAUGUCUAAUCGCAUUCUGUCUGGCACGCAGCAAGCGCGUCUUGCCCUGCUCAAGAAAGCUUACAAACCUGCUGCCCGCCUGCAGAAAGGAUCUAUCGAGUACGAAAACUUGGCGCGCUCGGGCAGGAAACUAACGCGCCUGCUGGACGGAAUAGAUCACCUCAGAGCGAGACUCCCAGUAAGGGAUCUGGGGAAAGCCCUGGUUGCCGAACACGCGCAGCAGUCCGUCAUGAUUGAGAACAACCCUCUGUCAGUGACGGACGCGAUCCGCAUUGUCGACCGCCUCCAAAGUGGUCUCGAGCAAGUGGACCUUGCAUCCACGUCCAGCAGCGAACUUGCCAAACUCGUGUCGACUACUGCAGCAGGCGCAGAUGCCACCGAGUCAGCCACGAACGAGCCGCGGAACCACAUCAUCGCAUCGCAAUGGAUCGCACAGAACGCGGCGGCCAAGGCUGGUACCGCAGGACUAUGCGAAGCCGAAGUACGAGACCUCGCCGUGGUGUCCGUCGUCAACACAGACUCCGAGGCGGCCUACGACACCUGGCGGACAGGUUCAACAACGGCAGGCGGCAACUUGGCAUGGGGAUCGAGGGUCCCGCUGGGCGAGUAUCGCAACCUGCCCAUCAGCGUCCGCAGCAACCGUCUUCGAAUCUUUCCGUACCCGCAAGAGCAUCGGGAGAAGACGCUGCACCCGCUGAUUCUGGCUUGUCAGAUGACAUCCUACUUUGUUCUCGUUCAUCCGUUUCCCGAUGGCAAUGGGCGUACCAGUCGCAUGGUGAAGCAGGACUACCUGGCGCGUCAGGGCUACGUUCCCGUCGUCAGUCGGGACUUGAAGCGGGAAGACUAUCUGCGGAUGAUCGACGGCGCCGGCGAAGGCAAACCGGAGGAAUUCGUAACAGCAGUGCUUGAGGCUCAAGUGGUGGUGCUGCACCAGGCUUCCACGCGCCUCGAGACAUAG